CCACAAGUUGCAGUCUGAUGUCUUACCUCCCAAUGGCAUCUUAUUCUUCUGGGAAAUUAGCAAGAUGGUAACCAUGUAGGGCAAUCACAUUCUGACACUGAGUGAGGUCUCCAUGGACCAGGUCUAUGCCCUCUACCUGAAGGUCAUCUCCAUCUGCUUCUUCGUGUUGAAGGCACCCCUCAGCAGCAGUUAUGUCAACUUCAGGGUCUUCUGUCUCUAUGACAAUGAUGCCUUGGACAAUGCCCUGCAGAUCUUCAUCAAGCUGCUCCUCUCCAUUUUGCACAGAGACCUCCUGGAUUACCCCAAGCUCAGCCAGUCUUACUAUUCACUACUGAAAGUCCUCAACCAGGACCAUAUGAACUUCAUUGCCAGCCUGGAUCCUCAUGUCAUCAUGUAUAUUAUCUCUUCCAUUUCUGAAGGACUCACUGCACUUGACACCACUGGUGUGCACAGGUUGUUGCUCCUGCCUGAACCACAUCAUGACAUACCUCUUCAAGCAGCUGUCAUGCAGCACCAUGAAGAGAAUGACCCCCCUGAUCCAGGAGAAUGAUUGCUUUCUGCAUUUCAUGCAGCAGCAUCCAAAGAUGAUCCAGCAGAUGCUGGUCACGCUGCUGAACACCAUCUUCUUUGAAGACUGUAAGAACCAGUGGCCUAUGUCCUGACCUCUGUUUGGAUUGAUACUACCAAAUGAAAAGUAUUUUCUGACUGAAGGAACAGUAUCGUGAACAGCCAGCCACCAGAGAAGCAGCAGGCUAUGCACUUGUGCUUUGAAAACCUAAUGGAAGGCAUUGAGUGAAAUCUCCUGACAAAAACAGACAAAUUCACCCAAAACCUGUUGGCAUUCCAUUGAGAAGUCAACAACUCAAUGAAGAGCCCCACGUAUGGCAUGAACAGCAAUGACAUGAUGAGCUGACACCUGCUUGGACUCUACUUGUACAGAGUAGCAUCCUUUGGAUCCAGCCCAGAGGGGUGAACAAUUGCAAGAGAGAGGGCCUGGCUGCUCUUGGCUCCUUCCUCCUGGGGUGUAGGGGAAAUGGCAAAGGUCACCUAGCUACUUCCCCAGGGAACGGGUUUGAAUGUACUCACCUCGGGGCAGGGUGCUGCUGGUUCCUGGGGAUGGGGGUGGGAAGGGUGAUGGAAGGAGAGGAGAGGAGACAGAGACAAGGAUGCCUGCACCUAUAGCCCCUCCUCCCAGGGCGUCUCGAGGGAGAGCACCCUCAGUGUCCUGCCACAGCCUGCCUUGUAUAAACAUGUACAUUAUUUCAUAACAUUUUGAACAAGGUUUAUAUUGACUCGAGUUUAAAAAUAAGAAGUGUGACUGAAAAAAUUUUACAGAGUCUACUGCACCAGUGCUGAUGUGAGGGGCUGUGUGUGUGAGUGAAAACAUAUAUUCUGGUGGCCUGAAGCUUUACUGGACAAGGGUGUGUGAAUGUGCAGAGAUUUAUUUAGUGAUGCAGUGUACCUCACUCCUCCAAGUCCAGUUUUGUGUAUAAAGAGUAAAAGCUGACAAUCAUGUUAAAAAUCAUCCAGUGUCUCUGACCAGUAUGAAAUCAAGUCUACCUGGCAGAGAACACCAAACCAAGGUGAUCCAUUCAGAAGUUCAUUUCAUGCUGAAUUGCUUAAGUAUUAAUGCUUGGCCAGCACCAAAGCUCACUUGGCUAAUCCUCUGCCUGCGGCGCUGGUACCCCAGGUUCUAGUCCUGCUUGGGGUGCUGGAUUCUGUCCCCGGUUACUUCCCU